AUGGUGGUCACAAAGUGUUCGGCGGCCACACACAUCUGUGGUGGUGUGGUUCCGAGAUCCUUAGACUGUCAGUGGAAGCUUCCACUUCUAGCUCUUUGCUCAGGCAGAAUUAGGGCUUUUACACCGACUCUUCUUUGUCUAAUCGUUAGCGUUUGUUUCCACUCUUUUCUGCGUGGAAUGCGCCCUGAUCAUUGUUCUGUCGUUCACGUUCGAGCUUGUAUGGUGGUCUUGAACAGCGUUUCGUUGUCUUGGGUGGUGCUCAAUGUGACGCACUUUGUUUAAAAUUCUCUUUACAAUGCCGACACCCACCUGAGUAAGGGACGCGUGGACUUUAUUUUACGCGGCAGACUUGUUUGGCUAAUUUCAGCGAGCAGUGGCGCUCAUGAAGAGUGUCAAGGAAAGUCACGAGAGCGCUGACAUUUUUGUGCUUGGUUUUGUUGCUUGAUAACCGAUAUCGUGACUAGACUGUCAGUUUAGCGAUUACACAAUAUCUGAGCAUAGAUAUUCCAGGUUGUGUGGUGACACAGCUCUCGUUGUGAACGAAAAUCGUGCAAUUGAGACACUUCUCUCUGGUUAUAUGUUCUUCUUGCUCACCUAAUGAUUCAGAGUUGGUCUUGCGUACAAAUGUCUAUAGCACUGCUUAUGCUUAGUCUGUACAAGGUAUUUUCUAUCAACUCGCCCCAUCUGCAAUAUGUUUUUGCUGAAAAUUCAUCUUCCUUAAUUGAAAUUUGUUCU